GUUCUGGGACCUCUAAGAAACAAGGUUGUUUAUUCACUCAUGGAACAGAUAUAAGCAUCAUUACCUCGUUAAAACCCUGAGUCUGGAUCUCUCCUCCAAAUCUACAUACUGCCCCUUUAAUGACUACAGCGAGUGUUUGUGACCUUGCUUCGCGUUGUUUUGGACGUCUCGCUCGCCGUAGUUGUCAUUGGUUCUCCUCCUGCUGCUGCCGCUGCUCCUGCUCCUCCUCGGGACAGAUGACAGAUGAUGUUCGCGCUGCUGUGGCUGUAUUAAGGCUUCUUUAAACAUGUCUCUGAAUGGAGGCGGGAGCAGAGGGUUUUACUUCAACACCGUCUUGUCUCUGGCUCGGUCUCUGGCGGCUCACCAGCACGCGCCCAUAGAAAAGGUCCAGAAGCUACAAUGCAUGUGUCCCGUGGAUUUCAGAGGCGUCUUCCAGCUGGAUGAGAGGAGGAGGGAUGCUGUUAUUGCACUCGGCAUCUUUCUAGUAGAGUCAAACCUGCAGCACAAAGAUGCUAUCGUCCCGUAUCUUCUCGGGCUGCUUAAAGGGCUUCCUAAGGUUCAGUGGAUUGAAGAAAGCUCCGAACGCAAAGGAAGGGAGACCCUUCCUGUUGCAGAGAUCUUCAGCUUUUCUCUUGUAACUUUGCUCUCAGAUGUCGCCCAGCGUGAUGAGACCUUACGAGGACAGAUCCUGGAGGCGAUCAUGGACAUCAUGCAGGUCCUGCAAGAUAUCUGCAAGAACCCAGAGGAUCAUGAUAAAGAGUACCUGUGUAAGUACGUCGUGCCCACCCUGCUCGGUGUUGCCCGAGCGUUUGGACGAUACAGCAACACGGAUGAGCCGUUACUGUCCAAGCUGUUCCCUCGACCGGUUGCUCCUGUGCUACCCACCGCCGAGGAAACCGAUGCGAUACACCGACGUUCCUUUAAUGACUUCCGCUCCAUCCUGCCCAGCUCUCUGCUCACGGUGUGUCAGGCAGACACUCUGAGGCGUAAAGCCACUUCUCUGUCCAGUGUGUCCCAACAGGCCAGUCCAGAGAGAGCCUGUCUGACCCCCAGCUCACCCGCUGACCCUUCUGCACAGUACUUUGAAGGUUCAUACCUGCCUGAUGGCAGUGCAGUGGACCCUGAUUACUACUUCUCCACCAUCAGCUCCAGCUUCUCUGUCUCCCCUCUGUUCACUGGCAGCAGCUCUGGAGAGUUUCAUGUCCCUCUGGAUAUGCUCCGACAGCUCCUCCACAUGGUUGAACAGUUUGUCUCUGAGUCGUUUUUAAAAUCUCUGGAUGACUCCCUGGCAGAACUCCUAGAGUUGAGUCCUGGUCUUCAUCUCUACUACAAAACCUUCAGUGAUCCUCUGUAUGUAGCCAUAUUCAAAAUGCUGAGAGACACGCUGUACAAUUUAAAAGACCUUCAGACAGACUUUGUGAAGGAGGUUCAUGACUUCGUGCUGGAGCAGUUCAGCAGCAGCCAGUCGGAGCUGCAGAGGAUCCUGCACGACGUCGAGUACCUCCAGAGUGAGCUGAGCCCGCUCAAACUGCGCUGCCAGGCCAACGCCGCCUGCGUGGACCUCAUGGUUUGGGCCGUGACUGAAGAGCAGGGAGCUGAGAACCUUUGCACCAAACUAUCAGAGAAGCUGCAGUCCAAGACGUCCAGUAAAGUCAUCAUCGCUCACAUGCCGCUCCUCAUCUGCUGUUUACAGGGUUUGGGUCGUCUGUGUGAGCGCUUUCCUGUGGUCGCCCACUCCGUCACCAUGUCCCUGAGAGACUUCCUGGUGGUUCCCUCUCCUGUGCUGGUGAAGCUGUACAAAUACCACAGCCAGUACACUCCAGGAGGCGGUGAGAUAAAGAUCCACGUGACCAACGAACAUUCCCAGUCGACUCUCAGCACACAUGCGAGCAAGAAGAGUCAGCCGUCCAUGUACGAACAGCUGCGGGACAUCUCCAUAGACAACAUCUGCAGGUGCCUGAAAGCCGGACUGACCAUGGAUAAUGUGAUUGUAGAAGCUUUUCUCGCCAGCCUGUCCAACCGUCUCUACAUCUAUCAGGAGAAUGAUAAGGAUGCUCACUUGAUCCCAGACCACACUAUCAGGGCUCUGGGUCACAUUGCCGUGGCCUUACGGGACACCCCCAGAGUCAUGGAGCCCAUCCUCCAGAUCCUGCAGCAGAAGUUCUGCCAGCCGCCAUCGCAGCUCGAUGUCCUCAUCAUAGACCAGCUUGGCUGCAUGGUCAUCACGGGCAAUCAAUACAUCUACCAGGAAGUGUGGAAUCUGUUCCAGCAGAUCAGCGUCAAAGCUAGCUCCAUGGUCUACUCCACCAAAGACUACAAAGACCAUGGAUACAGACACUGUUCCCUGGCUGUGAUAAACGCUCUGGGUAACAUAGCGGCCAACCUUCAGGCGGAGCAGAUGGUCGACGAGCUGCUGGUCAACCUGCUGGAGCUUUUUGUUCAGCUGGGCUUGGAAGGGAAGAGAGCCAGUGAGAGAGCGUCAGACAAAGGCCCGGCUCUGAAGGCAUCAAGCAGUGCAGGAAACCUCGGUGUCCUAAUUCCAGUUAUUGCAGUGCUGACUAAGAGGUUGCCUCCAAUUAAGGAAGCAAAGCCUCGUCUGCAGAAGCUCUUCAGAGACUUCUGGCUCUACUCUGUCGUCAUGGGAUUUGCUGUGGAGGGCUCAGGUCUGUGGCCAGAGGAGUGGUACGAGGGAGUUUGUGAGAUUGCGACCAAAUCGCCGCUGCUCACAUUUCCUAGCGGGGAGCCUUUACGCUCAGAGCUGCAGUACAACUCUGCCCUGAAGAAUGACACCGUCACUCCGGCGGAGUUGAAUGAUCUGCGCAGCACCAUCAUCAACCUGCUGGAUCCUCCUCCUGAGGUGGCUGCUCUCAUCAACAAACUGGACUUUGCCAUGUCCACAUAUUUGCUGUCUGUUUACAGAUUGGAGUACAUGAGGAUGCUGCGAGCUCUCGACUCUGACCGCUUUCAGGUCAUGUUUCGAUACUUUGAAGACAGAGCGAUACAGAAAGAUAAAUCUGGCAUGAUGCAGUGUGUGAUUGCCGUAAGCGACAAGGUGUUUGAGGUCUUUCUGCACAUGAUGGCUGAAAAAGCAAAGACCAAAGCCCACGAGGAGGAGCUGGAACGCCACGCUCAGUUCCUCUUGGUCAACUUCAACCACAUCCACAAGAGGAUCCGCAGAGUGGCUGACAAAUAUUUGUCUGGCUUGGCUGAAACUUUCCCUCACUUGUUGUGGAGCGGCCGCGUGCUGAGGACGAUGUUGGACAUCCUGCAGACGCUUUCACUCUCACUCAGUGCUGAUAUUCAUAAAGACCAACCGUAUUACGACAUCCCAGACACGCCGUACAGAAUCACUGUCCCAGACACAUACGAAGCCAGAGAGAGCAUAGUGAAGGAUUUUGCUGCACGUUGCGGUGAGAUCCUCAAAGAGGCCAUGAAGUGGGCGCCAUCUGUGACCAAAUCACACCUCCAGGAGUAUCUGAACAAACAUCAGAACUGGGUGUCGGGUCUCUCCCAGCACACCGGCCUCGCCAUGGCUACAGAGAGCAUCCUGCACUUCGCCGGCUACAACAGACAGAGCACCACACUGGGGUCCACUCAGCUGACUGAGCGUCCGGCCUGUGUGAAGAAGGACUAUUCUAACUUCAUGGCCUCCCUCAACCUCAGGAACAGAUACGCUGGAGAGGUGUCUGGUAUGAUCCACUUCGCCCAGGCAGUUCGAGGACAGUCUGAUCUGGGUCGGCUGAUGAUCAAGCAGAUGGAAGAAGCUCUCGACUCUGCGCAGCCUGAGGGUUUCACUGAGGCCAUGUUCAAACUGGCCGCCUUGCUCAUCAGCAGCAAAGACUGUGAUCCUCAGCUCCUGCACCACCUCUGCUGGUCUCCUCUCAAGAUGUUUACAGCUCACGGCAUGGAAACAGCCAUCGCUUGCUGGGAGUGGCUGCUGGCAGCUCGUGUCGGAGUAGAAGUACCGUUUAUGCGAGAGAUGGCAGGCGCCUGGCAGAUGACCGUGGAGCUGAAGAUGGGCUUGUUCUCAGACGCUCAGGUGGAGGCUGAUCCUCUGGCGGCAUCAGAGGAGAGUCAGCCAAUCCCCUGCCCGCCAGAUGUCACCCCGCACCAAAUAUGGAUCGAGUUUCUGGUCCAGAGGUUUGAGAUCGCUAAAUACUCCAGCGCAGAUCAGGUGGAGAUCUUCGGCAGUUUGUUACAUCGCUCGCUGUCCCUCAACGUUGGUGGAGCUAAGAGUAGCCUCAACCGCCACGUGGCUGCCAUUGGACCUCGUUUCAGGCUGCUGACUUUGGGCCUGGCGCUGCUCCACUCUGACGUCCUCACCAAUGCAACUGUAAGAAAUGUGCUCCGAGAGAAGAUCUACUCUACAGCCUUCGACUACUUCAGCGUGACUCCAAAGUUUCCCACCCAAGGCGACAAGAAUCUGCGCGAGGACAUCAGCAUCAUGAUCCGUUUCUACGCCGGCAUCCUGUCCGACAAGAAGUACCUGGCAGCGUGCCACUUGGUCCCACCUGGUGAGCUUGGUACUACCCCAGCCCCGAGCACGCUCUCUGCCGGGAUUUUUGGAUCGCUUAUCGUGUCCAGCACUUCUCCGAUUUCGAUCUUAAAUAAUCAGGACCCGUCUUUGAACAGUCUGUCCGUGAUGAAUGCUGCCGACCUCCGGAGCAGCAUCGACUCCAGCUCUCGCUCCCAGCAGAGCGGCCAGGGAUGGAUCAACACUUACCCGCUGUCCAGUGGCAUGUCCACCACGUCCAAGAAAUCAGGUGCGUCCAAGAAGAGUAACAGAGGGACGCAGCUUCACAAAUACUACAUGAAGCGCAGGACUCUGCUCCUGGCUUUACUGGCCAGUGAGAUCGAACGUCUGACGACGUGGUACAACCCGCUGUCCACUCAGGAGCUGGCCAUCGCCACAGAGCAGUCAGUGGAGACCAGCAUCGCCAACUGGAGGUCCAAAUACAUCAGUCUGACGGAGAAGCAGUGGAAGGACAACGUCAACCUGGCCUGGGGGAUCGCGCCUUACCUGGCUAUGCAGUUACCAACAAGGUUCAAGAAUGACGCCAUUGUCGCUGAAGUGACCCGGCUGGUGAGGCUGGACCCCGGAGCUGUCAGUGAUGUACCUGAGGCCGUGAAGUUCCUGGUGACGUGGCACACCAUCGAUGCGGACUCUCCUGAGCUGAGCCACAUCCUGUGUUGGGCUCCUGCAGACCCGCCCACCGGUCUGUCCUACUUCAGCAGCAUGUACCCUCCUCAUCCUCUCACUGCGCAGUACGGGGUGAAGGUGCUACGUUCCUUUCCUCCUGAUGCCAUCUUGUUCUACAUUCCUCAGAUUGUUCAGGCUCUUCGUUACGACAAGAUGGGUUAUGUGAGAGAGUACAUCCUGUGGGCGGCCCAGAAGUCUCAGCUUCUCGCCCACCAGUUCAUCUGGAACAUGAAGACCAACAUCUUCAUGGACGAGGAGGGACACCACAAAGACCCUGACAUCGGGGAGCUGUUGGAGCAGAUGGUGGAGGAGAUCACAGGUUCUCUGUCGGGUCCGGCCAAAGACUUCUACCAGAGAGAGUUUGACUUCUUCAACAAGAUCACCAACGUGUCCGCCAUUCUCAAGCCGGUUCCAAAAGGAGAAGAGAGGAAGAGGGCGUGUCUCAAAGCUCUGUCAGACAUCAAAGUCCAGCCAGGAUGUUACCUCCCGAGUAACCCUGAAGCCAUCGUGCUGGACAUCGACUACAAGUCUGGAACACCCAUGCAGAGCGCUGCCAAGGCUCCUUACCUGGCCAAGUUCAAGGUGAAGCGCUGUGGUGUGAGUGAACUGGAGAGGGAGGGUCUCCGCUGCCCCUCCGACUCUCUGGAGGACGGAGAGGAGAAUCCAGACGGCACACGUAGGAUUUGCUGGCAGGCGGCCAUCUUUAAAGUGGGAGAUGACUGUAGACAGGACAUGCUGGCUCUGCAGAUCAUUGGGCUGUUUAAGAACAUUUUCCAGCUGGUCGGCCUCGAUCUGUUUGUGUUUCCGUACAGAGUGGUGGCCACUGCACCAGGGUGUGGAGUGAUCGAGUGCAUCCCAGACUGUAAGUCCAGAGACCAGCUCGGCAGACAGACGGACUUCGGGAUGUACGAUUACUUCCGUAAUCAGUACGGAGAUGAAUCCACCCUCGCCUUCCAGAAGGCUCGGUACAACUUCAUCCGCAGCAUGGCCGCCUACAGCCUCCUGCUGUUCCUGCUGCAGAUCAAAGACAGACACAACGGCAACAUCAUGCUGGACAGCAAGGGCCACCUCAUCCACAUCGACUUUGGCUUCAUGUUCGAGAGCUCCCCUGGCGGUAACCUCGGCUGGGAGCCGGACAUCAAGCUGACGGACGAGAUGGUGAUGAUCAUGGGGGGCAAGAUGGAGGCCACGCCUUUCAAAUGGUUCAUGGAGAUGUGCGUCAGAGGAUAUCUAGCUGUACGACCCUACAUGGACGCUGUGGUUUCUCUGGUGACCCUCAUGCUGGACACUGGACUGCCCUGCUUCAGAGGACAAACCAUCAAACUCCUUAAAGGACGGUUCAAUCCUCAGAUGAGUGAGAAAGAAGCGGCGGCGUUCAUUAUCAAAGUCAUCCAGAGCUGUUUCCUCAGCAGCAGGAGCAAAACGUACGACAUGCUGCAGUAUUACCAAAACCAAAUCCCUUACUGAAGACCCCCCUGCCGGACCUCCACUGUACGUCCAACACAAACGUCUCUACGCAAGCAAUGCAAACUCUCUUCUGGAUGAUUUCAGCGAGGCGGUGGACGUUGAACCGCUCUGCUCCUGUGAGAGAGACAACAACAACAACAACGUGGCACUUUGAUCCUGUACUUCUGAGUGUUUAAACCAGUUCUUUACGUAACGUGAGCCUAAAGAACAACAUAUGUACUUUUACCAAAAGAGGUAUUUGAACCACCCUUUAAGUAUUUUCUUCUUGAUGCUGUUGUUUGUUACACCAACUAAACUGUCACACUAGAGGAAGAUGGCCAUAAAGGGAGCCAUAUUUAUCGCGUUUGUCGAAGCAGCUGUCGUCAUCAUCAUCAUCAUGAUCGUUAUCGUUUUGUGUCUAUGCUGUUAUCCACUUUUAUGCACUUUAUAGAUCACAGUAUUUCAUCGGCUUCACCUGCCUGUGAGUUCAAAACAGAGAUUAUGCAUCAAAAAUCAGAGAUUAAAGCAAUCUGCAGUUUACUCAUCCGAUCAAUGAAAUCCGCAGUAUUUUUGAUUUACAAGCCGGCAUUAUUAGAUAGAUGAAACAUCGAUGCAACAAUCAAUCAGCAUUUAAUCGAACCGUAGUCUUUUAGAAAACGUAAAGUAUUUAGAGAAUCAAACAUAAUUACGCUGUAGUAUUUGCUGUAGAAUAUUUACUGUAGUCACAUCAGGAUCGCAGGUAUUUUAUUCUGUGAUCAACGUGGAACUUGUAGAGUUUAAAUGUGGAAAAACAUAUUUAUCAGACGAUUUUACAAACUUUUAACUGUGCUCAUCCUCAAAGCCAGUCAUGUCACGUCUCACCUCUUCAUGUCAGCGUUCAGAUUAAACCGGUUGUUUGACGGGUUGUAUUUUUGUUUUUUCCACUACAGCAAACGACCGGUAACCUGAACUUUUUGAGAAGCUGUGAGGUUUUGCUGCUGGGUUCUGCCUUUUGUUCCCACUGUGUUUUUAAGAACCGGUUAGUUUUGGGUUUUUACGUCGCUGGAGGUGAUGGAAUAAGUGGCGCUGAUACGCAGUAGCUCAAGUAUGUGCAUCUCAUGUAUCACCAUUACAUGAAAGUCACGCAACUGAGCAUCUGAUUUUCUGGAAAAACAGAUCUUUUAAUAAAACUGUAAAGUAUCCUAAAAAUAAGAUAAAACCACACAGAUCACAAAAAGGAUCAUGUUUUAAACCUGUAAAUUAAAUAGGCUCUUUUUCCUAAUUCAAACAAAGAUGGCAGCCACCAAUUUUACAAAUUAAACUGGCAAGUUUUCUGCUUCAGUGUAUCAUUAUGUCAGCCACCAGUGAUGUCACUCAGUGGCUGAGAUGCAUUGUGGGUAAUGUAGGCGAUAGGUUUUAAAACAGGAGCAUGUGUGUAGAGAAAAUGAUGAUAUCUCCAAUUCAGCUGUAUUGAUUUUGUUCAUUUGUUUUUAAACUGUCCAGUGCCAAGCCUGGAGCCUACAUUACCCACAAUGCAACCUGGCCACUGAGUGACAUCAGUGGAGCCAUACAAGGCCUGCUAUGUACUAAUACUUCCCAAGACUUGUGAAUAUAUUUUAAAGGGUUUUAAAGAGUUUAAUAUCAUUUCCAUGUCGCUGAGAGCAGCUGUAACGUUUCCUCCUGUGCGGCGCUGAAUUUCAGGAUAAAGACCGGCGGAAAUAAAAGCAGAACCUUUGACAGCGUUCGGUUCCUGUAGUGGAAAAGGGAGUUGACUCGGCGCACAGGGUGGACCGGGAGCUCGCUGGCUGCUCCAUCAUCACAGCAUGCAAGGUGUGUUUUUCUUGUCCUGUGUCCGAAUGCAGCUGUUCCACAUGUUUGUGUAACCCCGCCUGGAAACAUUCCUCUGAUCUGUGUUUUAAUUUGUAUCGGAACCUGUUGGGUUUGGGUCGUGUUGCUGUUACUGAUGAUGAUUAAACCUAAAAAGCCAUUUCUCCUACCCUCGGUAGAAACACAGCUGUAGUAAUACUUGAUUGAAAAAAAAACAAACAAACCCUGAUCUUUAUGCAAUAUGUUCAUGUAUGUUGAUGCUGUAUUUGUGUGUUGUGUUCAACAAAUGAACUCGCUGUAAUUCCUUCCAUCCGGUGAGAGAAGUGUUUUUACUGUUCGCUGCAGCUGCUGUCUUUAACAAAUCGAGGGAUGAGCGUAAAAUAUUUAAGUAAUCAAUAACUUGUUUGAUGGCUGAUAAACAGAGACCUGAUCAACUCUCUGAAAGCUGUUUUAAUGUCGUUGUCAGUCAUCAUCCCUCACGUCCACCGUUACCUGUGAACCACAAGUGUCGGUCAGUAUGUAAUAUACUGUGUGUGUGUGUGUGUGUGUGUGUGUGUGUGUGGCGACAUCGUUGCUGGUUCGGAUUAAGAUCACGUCUGUUAUUCUGACAAUGUGUGAAAACAUCUAAUUUCCACAUUAAAUGUGUCUACAUUUCAUCAGA